AUGGCGCAAACAGGCCCUAUUACCGACGUGACUCAGCGAUUAUUUACAGAGCUGAAGUCGAAGAACGAGGAGAUCCGACUUCGAGCUGCCUACGAGCUCUAUGACAACGUCCUCUCGGUCUCACGAGACUGGCCUUCCGAGAGGUUCGUGGAGUACUACAAUACGGUCAGCCAACGGAUCGCCCAGCUCGUGGUGACGGGUAACGAUGCGAAUGAACGAAUCGGCGGCCUCCUAGCACUUGACCGAUUGAUCGAUUUCGAUGGAGUCGACGCGGCCCAGAAAACAACACGCUUUGCCAGCUACCUACGGAGCGCCCUUCGAAGCAAUGACAAUGUCGUGUUGGUUUACGCAGCUCGGUCGCUGGGACGUCUGGCAAAGCCGGGUGGGGCUCUCACCGCGGAGUUAGUGGAAAGUGAGAUCCAGUCGGCUCUAGAAUGGCUGCAGUCAGAACGACAAGAAAGUCGGCGUUUCGCAGCUGUGCUUGUGAUCGGGGAGCUUGCGAAGGGUUCGCCGACACUUCUCUACGGCUUCGUACCCCAGAUCUUUGAGCUCGUCUGGGUUGCGCUACGAGACCCCAAGGUAUUGAUUCGAGAAACCGCAGCGGAGGCUGUUGGAAAAUGCUUCGAGAUCAUUGUCGCUCGUGAUGCACAAGUGCGGCAGUCUUGGUUCGCCAGGAUUUACGAUGAGGCACUGCUGGGUCUAAAAUCCCACAAUAUCGACUGGAUUCACGGAUCACUUUUAAUUCUGAAAGAGCUGAUUCUGAAGGGUACCAUGUUCAUGAAAGAGCACUAUAGAAAUGCUUGCGAAAUUGUCCUUCGCCUCAAGGACCACCGAGAUCCCAAGAUCCGCACCCAAGUCGUCCUUACCAUUCCUAUCCUAGCAUCCUACGCCCCUACCGACUUUAUCGAGACCUACCUACACCGAUUCAUGAUUUAUCUCCAAGCUCAACUCAAGAGGGACAAGGAGCGGAACUCGGCAUUUAUCGCGAUUGGCAAGAUUGCAAAUGCAGUUGGACCGGCAAUUGCAGGGUACCUUGAUGGAAUCAUCAUAUACAUCCGAGAGGGACUUGCUAUGAAAGCGAGGAGCCGGGCGAGCGUGAAUGAGGCCCCGAUGUUUGAGUGCAUCAGCAUGCUUUCCCUGGCUGUGGGGCAAGCCCUCAGCAAAUAUAUGGAGGCUCUUCUUGAUCCCAUCUUUGCUUGCGGCCUCAGCAAAUCAUUGACUCAGGCCCUGGUUGACAUGGCACACUACAUCCCCCCAAUCAAGCCCGCUAUUCAAGAAAAGCUCCUUGAUAUGCUGAGCAUCAUUCUGUGCGGAACGCCAUUUCGGCCACUGGGGUGUCCCGAGCAUCGCUUGCCUCCAAUGCCCUCGUUUGCGAAGGACUUUGCAGCCCAAGACUCCCACACCGACCCUGAGAUUGCGCUGGCUCUCCACACCCUCGGAAGCUUUGACUUCUCUGGCCAUAUCUUGAACGAGUUUGUGCGCGAUGUUGCCAUCAACUAUGUCGAAAACGAUAAUCCUGAGAUUCGGAAAGCAUCGGCACUCACUUGCUGUCAGCUCUUCGUGCACGACCCGAUUAUCAACCAGACUAGUGGUCACUCGAUCCAGGUCGUCAGUGAAGUGAUUGACAAGCUUCUGACCGUUGGCAUCGGCGACCCCGAUCCAGAAAUCCGGCGGACUGUACUGUGGUCAUUGGAUCGCAAGUUCGAUCGUCAUUUGGCGCGACCAGAAAAUAUUCGCUGUUUAUUCCUGGCAGUCAAUGAUGAGGUUUUCGAAGUCAAAGAAGCCGCGAUAUGUAUUAUCGGUCGUCUCUCCAGUGUCAACCCAGCAUAUGUCUUCCCACCACUGCGAAAACUGUUGGUCAACCUUCUGACCGGGCUAGGCUUUGCCAACACGGCUCGCCAAAAAGAAGAGACCGCGCAGCUGAUCAGCCUGUUCGUCUCCAAUGCAACCAAGCUCAUCAGGUCCUACGUCGACCCCAUGGUAACAGCACUGUUGCCAAAGUCAACAGACACCAAUCCCGGCGUUGCUGCCGUCACGUUGAAAGCGGUUGGCGAGCUCGCCAAUGUUGGCGGAGGCGAAAUGAGGCGGUAUCUUCCACAGAUCAUGCCCAUUAUCUUGGAUUCACUCCAGGAUCUUUCUUCUCAUACAAAACGUGAAGCCGCGUUGAAGACUUUGGGACAACUAGCUGGCAACUCGGGCUACGUCAUCGAGCCUUAUAUUGAUUAUCCUCAUCUUCUCGAUGUUUUGAUCAACAUAAUCAAGACCGAGCCCACAGGAGCUUUGAGAAAAGAAACCAUCAAGCUCGUCGGUGUCCUUGGAGCUCUGGAUCCCUACAAAUACCAGCAAAUCAGUGACAUUGAGCCCGAUGUCCACCACAUCAAUGAAAUACAGAAUGUCUCGGAUGUUGCCUUAAUCAUGCAGGGCCUCACUCCCUCCAACGAGGAGUAUUACCCCACCGUGGUCAUCCAUACCUUGCUGCAAAAUAUCUUGCGUGAGAACUCCCUGGUCCAAUACCAUUCUGCUGUCAUCGAUGCCAUUGUAACUAUCUUCAAGACCCUUGGUCUUAAGUGUGUUCCGUUCCUUGGGCAAAUCGUCCCGGCUUUCAUUUCGGUCAUAAGGAGCUCUCCACCUAGCCGUCUUGAGUCUUACUUCAACCAGAUGGCCAUCUUAGUUAACAUUGUGCGGCAGCACAUUCGUGCAUUCCUACCAGAAAUUAUUGACGUGAUCCGUGAAUUCUGGGAUGCUUCCUACCAAGUCCAAGGUACUAUCCUAUCUCUGGUCGAAGCCAUUGCUAGGUCUCUCGAAGGAGAAUUCAGAAAGUUUCUCGCUCGCCUGGUUCCGUUGAUGCUUGAUACUUUAGAGAAGGACUCAACACCACGCCGUCAACCAUCAGAGAAAAUUCUCCAUGCUUUCCUGAUCUUUGGAUCUAGUGGCGAGGAAUACAUGCACCUGAUAAUUCCUUCCAUUGUCCGUCUCUUUGAUCGACAACAAAAUCCGCAAAGUAUCCGCAAAUCUGCGAUUGACAGCCUGACAAAGCUUUCUCGUCAAGUGAACGUUUCCGACUUUGCAUCUCUCAUGGUCCAUUCCCUAUCACGGGUAGUUGCUAGCGGGGACCGAGUAUUGCGACAGGCUGCUCUAGACUGCGUUUGCGCACUCAUUUUCCAGCUUGGGCAAGACUUUACUCACUACAUCCAUCUAUUGAACAAGGUCCUCAAGCAGCACCAGAUCACACAUGUCAACUACCAGAUCCUGGUGACGAAGCUCCAAAAGGGAGAUCCACUGCCUCAAGAUCUGAAUCCUGAAGAAAAUUACGCCUAUCCUGCCGAUGACACCAGCUUCGCGGAAAUUGGCCAGAAGAAGAUUGUUGUGAAUCAGCAACACCUGAAGAAUGCUUGGGAUGCGUCACAAAAGUCCACCCGGGAAGAUUGGCAAGAGUGGAUUCGUCGUUUCAGCGUAGAGCUUCUCAAGGAAUCUCCAUCCCCAGCUCUGCGGGCAUGUGCCAGUUUGGCUGGCAUUUACCAACCGCUCGCUAGGGAUCUUUUCAACGCUGCAUUCGUGUCUUGCUGGACCGAACUUUAUGACCAGUAUCAAGAGGAGCUGGUCCGAUCGAUCGAAAAGGCACUUACGUCGCCAAACAUCUCCCCCGAGAUUCUUCAAAUUCUUCUCAAUCUUGCUGAGUUCAUGGAACAUGACGACAAAGCACUCCCAAUUGACAUUCGGACACUUGGGAAAUAUGCUGCGAAGUGCCAUGCUUUCGCCAAAGCACUCCAUUACAAGGAGCUUGAGUUUGAGCAAGAUCAAAAUUCGGGUGCUGUUGAAGCUCUCAUCACCAUCAACAACCAGUUGCAGCAAUCAGAUGCCGCUAUUGGUAUUUUGCGCAAGGCACAAGCCUACCGUGACGUGGAGCUAAAGGAAACCUGGUUCGAGAAGCUUCAACGAUGGGAUGAGGCCUUGGCUGCCUAUAAACGCCGCGAGAAAACCGACCCCGACAGCUUCGGUAUCACCAUGGGUAAGAUGCGCUGUUUACACGCUCUUGGAGAAUGGAAGGUUCUUUCAGACCUGGCGCAAGAGAAAUGGAAUCAAGCAUCACUGGAGCACCGUCGGGCUAUCGCUCCUCUGGCCGCUGCUGCCGCAUGGGGCCGUGGACAGUGGGAGCUCAUGGAUUCCUAUCUUGGUGUCAUGAAGGAGCAAUCUCCGGAUCGGUCCUUCUUCGGCGCCAUCCUCGCCAUCCACCGCAACCAGUUCGACGAAGCCAACAUGUACAUUGAAAAGGCACGAAAUGGGCUCGACACAGAGUUGUCUGCGCUCCUUGGAGAAUCGUACAACCGGGCAUACAACGUUGUCGUCCGAGUCCAGAUGCUUGCCGAGUUGGAGGAGAUCAUCACAUACAAGCAGAAUGUCGGAGAUCCAGAGAAGCAAGAGGCCAUGCGCCAAACCUGGAAUCAGCGGCUGCUUGGAUGCCAGCAGAAUGUGGAGGUGUGGCAACGCAUGUUCAAGGUCAGGGCUCUCGUCACUGCGCCGCGUGAGAACCUUGAUAUGUCAAUCAAGUUCGCCAAUCUCUGCCGCAAGUCUAAUCGCAUGGCCCUUGCGGAGAGAUCGCUUGCUUCGCUCGAAACAGUCGUUUCAGAUGCUUCUGGUACCCGUACCAUCUCGCCUCCCGAAGUUACAUAUGCUCGACUGAAGUUCAGCUGGGCAAAUGGACAUCAGCAAGACGCCCUCGAGAUGCUCAAAGAAUUCACUGCUGAUUUGAGUGAUGACUUGUCCAAAUACAACACCCUGAUGGUCUCACACAAUGAGCACCACGGAAUCAAUGGCGUGAACGGUAUGGCAGACCCGACCCAUCCUGAAGCCAUCAACCUGCGUGAACGGGUUGGUGAUGUCGCCAAGUUCAAAAGGUUGCUCUCCAAGAGUUACCUGCGUCUAGGAGAGUGGCAAACUGCUCUUCAGAAGGGCGAUUGGCGAGCAGAGUAUGUUCGUGAGGUGCUCAGUGCCUACUCAGCAGCUACCCAGUAUAAUCGCGAUUCAUACAAAGCCUGGCACUCUUGGGCUUUGGCAAACUUUGAGGUUGUCACGACAAUUUCGAAUCAAGCCAACCGAGACACCAAGCCUGCUCCAGUCCCUGCGCACAUUGUAACAGAGCACGUCAUUCCUGCCAUUCGUGGUUUCCUGCGGUCUAUCGCGUUGUCCUCAACUUCUUCCUUACAAGACACUCUGAGAUUGCUUACGCUGUGGUUCACUCACGGCGGCGACCACGAGGUCAAUACUGUUGUUACUGAGGGAUUCACCAGCGUCAACAUCGAUACCUGGCUCGCCGUCACUCCUCAGCUGAUUGCGCGAAUCAAUCAACCCAACAUUAGGGUUCGCGGGUCGGUUCAUCGACUCCUCGCCGAAGUUGGCAAAACACAUCCCCAGGCCUUGGUCUAUCCAUUGACGGUGGCUAUGAAAUCAAAUGUGACUCGCCGCUCGCAGUCAGCCAGCAACAUCAUGGAAAGCAUGCGGCAGCAUAGUGCCAAGCUUGUUGAGCAAGCCGAUCUUGUCAGUCACGAGUUGAUCCGAGUUGCCGUAUUGUGGCAUGAACUCUGGCAUGAAGGCCUGGAAGAAGCGUCGCGCCUCUACUUCGGUGAUUCUAAUGUCGAGGUGUCUUUUGCGCAGGCGUUUGGCCGUGACCUCGCAGAAGCCAAGCAUUACUGCAUGCUUUACCGUCAAACACAGGAGAUCGGUGAUCUCAACCAGGCGUGGGAUCUCUACUAUACUGUGUUCCGCAAGAUCAGCCGACAACUUCCGCAGCUGUCGAUCCUUGAUCUCAAAUACGUCUCACCCCGCCUCAAGGACUGCUCUGAUCUCGACUUAGCUGUUCCGGGAACUUACCAGAGUGGUCGCCCCGUCAUUCGUAUCAUCAGCUUCGACCCUAUCCUGCAUGUUUUGCAAACCAAGAAGCGCCCUCGCCGGAUGACUCUCAAGGGUAGCAAUGGAAGUUCAUACAUGUACGCUCUCAAGGGUCACGAGGAUAUUCGACAAGAUGAACGAGUAAUGCAGCUCUUUGGUCUCUGCAACACUCUUCUGGAUAAUGACGGCGAGAGCUUCAAGCGUCAUCUCUCCGUCCAGCGAUUUCCCGCGAUUCCCUUGUCUCAGAGCUCUGGUCUCCUGGGAUGGGUAUCAAACAGUGACACCUUGCACGCAUUGAUCAAAGAGUACCGUGAAAGUCGCCGCAUUCUACUCAAUAUUGAGCAUCGCAUCAUGCUUCAAAUGGCGCCGGACUACGAUAGCCUCACACUGAUGCAGAAGGUUGAGGUCUUCGGGUAUGCCAUGGACAAUACCACCGGCAAGGACUUGUAUCGGGUGCUAUGGCUCAAGAGUAAGAGCUCUGAAGCCUGGCUUGAGCGACGUACAAACUAUACUCGAUCAUUGGGUGUUAUGUCCAUGGUCGGCUACAUUCUGGGUCUUGGUGACCGUCAUCCUUCCAAUUUGCUGCUGGAUCGCAUGACUGGCCGUGUCGUUCAUAUUGAUUUCGGUGACUGUUUCGAGGUGGCCAUGCACCGUGAAAAGUAUCCCGAGCGGGUUCCAUUCCGUCUCACUCGCAUGUUGACUUUCGCGAUGGAAGUGAGCAACAUCGAGGGAAGCUACCGUAUUACGUGCGAGGCUGUGAUGCGUGUUCUCCGAGAGAACAAGGACUCCCUGAUGGCCGUUUUGGAAGCUUUCAUUCACGAUCCCUUGAUCAACUGGCGCCUUGGGGCUCAGGAAUCCCCCGACCGAGUUUCUCUCACAGCCGAACGCCGCCAGUCCAUCAUCGAAGGCAUCAACGCCGAACAUGGUGUCCAAUCCAACACUUACAACCGCCACCGUCGUCCAUCAAUCCUGGAAGGCGGCAUUCUUGAUACCCAAGAAGGAGUUCCGGCCGAGGCUCGUGAAGCUCAGAACGCGCGUGCUCUCCAGGUCCUUGCUAGGGUCAAGGAGAAGCUCACCGGACGCGACUUCAAGCACUAUGAAGAGCUCAACGUUAGCGACCAGGUUGACAAGCUGCUUGCGCAGGCUACCAGUGUGGAAAAUAUUUGCCAGCACUGGAUCGGCUGGUGCAGUUUUUGGUGA